CACAGGAAAAUGGCGGCGUCCAGAGAGCUGUGCACCGACCAGCAGGUUACUUAUGCUGCUAAAGGACGUCGUCGUGAAGGAAACUCGUCAUUUGUAAACGUUAUUGUGUAGUUCGAUUUGGGAGAGUUUGUUUUGUUGACAGUAAAAUGUUUACUCACUUAACUUAUGUCAAGCUUUCUUGUUAUCAUUGCUCACAGACUACAUAUGUGCUUCACAGCCCUGUGUUUAAUACAUGAAGUGUCAAACUAACUCUUUUCAAUGGCCAUAAUUAGAUGUUUAAACACAUUUGCAGUACUGACUUGUGUACUUCUUAUCAUUGUGUAUGAAGACAACACUAUUUGUGUUGCAUUUUCACCAUCAAAAGAAAGGCAGCAUAGUUCAAAUAUCUCAUACAGGAUCAUUAAAGCACAGAAGUACAGUCAUAAUGUAUCAACUGUUCCUAGAGAUCAGUGUGGCAUAGCUGUGGAGCGCCGCAUUGACUGUGCUAGGGACAGAUCUUUGAGUCGGGCUGAAUGUGAAAGCAGAGGAUGCUGUUAUUUGCCCCUGCCUCAGUCUGGAUUAAGAGGACCACCGUGGUGUUUCUACACAGUCUUCUACCCAGGAUACAAAAUGGGGCCCAUGUUGCCUACAGAACGGGGCCACAGGGCCAUUCUCACUCGUUCAGCACCUUCAUACCUGCCCCGGGACAUCCACACACUGCAGCUAGAUGUGAUGGCUGAGACUCAGGAUCGUCUUCAUCUCACUUUGAAGGAUCCUACAUCUCCACGAUAUGAGGUUCCCUUUGUGAAGUCCCAAUCCAAAGGCCACAAGAGCAUGGAAAAUCCACUUUAUGAUGUUGAUUUCCAGCCAGAACCAUUUGGGUUUAGUGUACGGCGAAAAUCCAAUGGCCGUGUUCUUCUGAACACUACAAUAGGCCCUCUGCUGUUUGCAGAUCAGUAUCUCCAGCUCUCUACCAGCCUGGCUUCCUCUACAGUCUCGGGACUGGGUGAACAUUACACUCCCAUCACGCUGGACCUCGACUGGAGCUCUGUUUCAUUAUGGAACAGAGACAUGGCACCACAUAGAAGUGCCAACCUGUAUGGCUCCCACCCUUUCUUCCUGGUCCAAGAAGGUGAUGGACAGGCACAUGGAGUCUUCCUUCUCAACAGCAAUGCAAUGGAAGUGUUUAUGCAGCCUGCUCCAGCAUUAACAUGGGUGACCAUUGGAGGAAUUCUGGACUUCUUCAUCUUCUUGGGCCCGAGUCCUCAGAGUGUGAUUCAACAGUAUCAGGAGGUUAUAGGAUAUCCUAUGAUGCCUCCCUACUGGUCACUGGGUUUUCAUCUGUGUCGUUGGGGUUAUACCUCCACCAACAUCACUAGGACAGUAGUUCAGCUCAUGCGGCAGGCCAAGAUACCUUUGGAUGUACAGUGGAAUGACCUUGAUUAUGCAGACCAAAGAAGAGUCUUUACUUUCGACCCGCAGCGGUUUGGAGAUUUGCCUCAAAUGGUGGAAGAUUUCCAUCAGCUGGGGAUGAAAUAUGUGCUCAUUCUUGAUCCAGGCAUCAGCAGCGCGAGUCCUCCUGGUUCAUACAAACCGUUUGACGAUGGACUGAAGAAAGGAGUUUUCAUCAACAACUCCACUGGACAGAUCCUUAUUGGGAAGGUAUGGCCGGGUCCGACUGCAUUCCCAGAUUUCACCAAUCCUACAACACAGGACUGGUGGAUGGACUGGAUCAAAGACUUUUACAACAAGGUACCUGUGGAUGGACUUUGGAUAGACAUGAAUGAGCCUUCAAAUUUUGUCCAGGGCUCUGUGGAUGGAUGUCCUGACUCUGAAUUGGAGAAACCACCAUAUACACCAGGUGUGAUUGGAGGCCAGUUAAACUCAGGAACUCUGUGUGUGUCCGCACAGCAGUAUCUGUCCAAUCAUUACAAUCUACACAACCUCUAUGGGCUGACCGAAGCCAUCGCCACUCACAGGGCACUGCUAAAAGUGAAGAAAACUCGGCCGUUUGUUUUAUCUCGAUCAUCUUUUCCGGGACUGGGUCGUUUCUCUGCACACUGGACAGGAGAUGUGCGAAGUGACUGGGAACAACUGCGCUUUUCAAUACCCGCUGUGCUCCUGUUUGGACUGUAUGGCAUUCCAUUAGUGGGAGCUGAUGUUUGUGGAUUUGGUGGAGACACUAACGAAGAGCUGUGUGUGCGCUGGACACAACUUGGAGCCUUUUACCCCUUCAUGAGAAACCACAAUGACAGACCUAAUGCUCCUCAGGAGCCAUAUGUAUUUAGUCAGCGAGCCCAGGAUGCCAUGAGGAUGGUGAUUAAUCUUCGAUAUUCUCUCCUGCCCUUCCUCUACACACUCUUCCAUCACGCGCACACCUCCGCCAGCACCGUGGCCCGCCCUCUCUUCCUUCAGUUCCCCACUGAUCCAGAUUGCAGGAGCAUUGACAGACAGUUCCUGUGGGGGAGUUCACUGCUCAUCAGUCCAGUUCUGGAGCAGGGAGCAGUGGAGGUGAUGGCGUAUCUCCCCCCGGGGACUUGGUACAGUCUGCACAAUGGCCAAACAUAUUACAGUAAAGGACAAUACAUUGUGUUUCCUGCUUCGUUGGACACCAUCAUCGUUCACGUGAGAGAGAGGAGCAUCAUCCCACAGCAGGCUCCUGCUCUGACCACUGCAAUAUCUCGCAAAAACCCUUUCACCCUAACGGUGGGACUGUCAGUGGGAAAUUUGGCCAAAGGAGAACUUUUUUGGGAUGAUGGAGAAAGUCUGGAUACUUUUGAGCGGGGAGAUUAUUCAUAUCUUCUCUUCUUUGCUGAAGAGUCAUAUGUGGUCAGUAAACCGAUCAAAUUAAACGGAUCUCUUGAUGGUUUGGUCCUGGGGGAAGUGCGUGUUUUCGGGGUCCAGACUCCACCUACUGCCGUAUGGGCCAACGGACAGAAAGUUCCUGACUUCUCAUACAGAUUAGAUACCAAGGUUCUGACAGUAGCUGGUCUGGAACUACCAAUGACUGCCAAGAUCACAAUACAGUGGAGCUGAUAAAAAAUCUACUUAAUGUUCUGUACUUAUUCAGAUGCAUAUUAAUCCAAUACACCUAAGAAGCCAUGGCUUACAGUGAAUUUAUAACUGCCUAACAAUGACCUUUAGCUGUUACAAGUUCACGGGAUCUUUCUAUUGUACAUUGUAAUUUAAAAGUGCAUAAAAAAUAAUGUUUAUUUUUAUUCAACGUUUUUAAUGCUUUUAUUGUUGUAAGCUAAUAAUUAGCAUAUUCCAUAGCUAUACUAUUUAUUUUAUUAUAAAUAUAUCUGAUAUAAGGAAUAAUGAUUCUUACUAUUGUU